CAUAUAAAUGGCCCAUUGUGACCGCAUCCGCCCGUCAAAAAUAUGAUAAUCUAAGCCAUGUUAGUUUGUGUUAUUAUGUAUGUGAAAAUAUUUCAUAUGCCUUGUAUAUUACCUUUAAGUAGAGCAUUCAUUGUUAUGCUCGGCAAAAUACACCAGAAGUCUUAAUCGAACUGCAAUCUCUAGCGUCUAGUUAUUCCAGUCUACAUCUAAAGUAUUUAGUGCGCAUAUGGCGUCACCGUUUAACGUGGCUUAUGGAAUAUGUCUAGCCUCUUUCUUCGAGUCCCUUGUUACAAAUAGCCGCUGAAACGCAUUAUGGUACACGAUUCGUGUGCCAAUGGUAAAAUGUUUAUUUUGUCUUAAAUAUUGGAUAUCAGAAGCCCAUCUUUUCCCGGUAACAUCGCAACAUCACCACGUGGACAUUCUACAGCUCAAAAUCAUUAUCCUAUUUUGAUGAAACUUAAUAUAUAUGUUCAUAUCACAACGAUAAUGGUUCCUGUCGAUACUGUCGAAUAUGGGACCGUGAUGUCUUGGGUUAUAUGCCCUUGAUUGCAAGAAAAAUCACGUGAAAAGGUUGAACAAUGAGAAGAUGAGCCUUAUUGAUUGUCCUGUUCUCUGUUUCAAAAUAUGGGUAGAUGUUGCUUAGCAAAAGAUGCUUUAUUACUUUGCACCAUAAACUCGUGUUAUGAAUAUAAUUUACUGAUGAGAUUAUUUCAUAAUAAUCAAUUAAACCUCUCAUUAUUUCAUAUCUACGUUGUUUUGUUACAGUCAAUGGUGUGUCUUCCUGAUAGCUUCAUACCAAAAAUACCAACAAACAAAUGAAAUAUGGCUUCCUUGAAAGAUUCCCCUAAGAGAACAAAAGUUGAACGGAUCAACAGGCCAGACACCCACUCUCCAGAUUUCUACCAACUUCAAAAUAUAGUGCUACUAGAAGACGACGGAGCUUCUUCAACUAAAAUACCACAACGAUUAGCACCCGGAAAGACCAUGGUGCACAUGUCAACAUUUAAAGACUACCAUGACCAGAUUGGUAACAAGAAUGUGAUACUAGAAGCUUGUAGACAUGGUUCAGUUGCCAAAGUUAGACAUUUAAUAGAUCAGGGUACAGAUGUCAACAGUAAGGACGUACAUGGUAGAACAUGUAUCUUACUUUGUAGUACAUCACCCAUUGAACCCAUUGAAAAAAUAGACUUUUUACGGUCAAAGGGAGGUAAUAUUCAAGAUAUCGAUGAUGAAAACAAUGGUAUAUUACAUUUGGCUGGUGAUUUAGGGACGCUAGAAACAGUUCAGUAUCUUGUAAAUAUAGGGUUAGAUAUCAACACUAAAGGUUAUAAAAGUAGAUCUUGUAUAAUGGCGUGUAGUCAGUCUAAAAUACAAGCUACUGAUAAAAUAGAAUUGUUAAGACAGAUGGGUGGCAAUAUUCUUGAUACAGAUGUAAAAAAUGAUAAUUUGUUACACUUAGCAUGUCAUAGUGGUUCACUAGAUACAGUAAGAUAUCUAAUUAAUCAAGGCCUGGAUAUCAAUACUAAAGGGAGAUACGGAAGGACAUGUAUAUUGUUAUGUAGUCAAUCUGAAACACAAGCCAUUGAGAAAAUAGAACUAUUGAUAUCAAAGGGGGGUAAUAUAUAUGAUACUGAUGAUGAUAACCAUGAUAUGCUUCACUUGGCUUGUAUGUUGGGUACACUAGAGACUGUCAGAUAUAUGAUAGACCUUGGUUUAGAUGUAAACGCCAAAUGUAAGAACUUUAGAACACCCAUAUUACAUUGCUGUACGUCAGUAAUACAACCCAUUGAGAAAAUAAAAAUAGUAAGUUUUAAGGGUGGUAAUAUUUAUGAAAUUGAUGGUAAAAAAUAUGGUAUAUUACUCAUAGCUUGUGCUAGUGGUACAUUAGAUACUGUAAGAUAUCUGAUAGAUCUAGGUUUGGAUAUUACUGAAAUACAAGCCACCGAGAAAUUAAAUUUAUUUAUGUUAAAAUGGGCUAAUAUAUAUAACACUAAAUUUCACUAUGGUGGUAUAUUACACGUGGCUUGUGCUGAUGGUACAUUAGAUACAGUAAGACAUCUGAUAGAUCUAGGGUUGGAUAUAAACACUAAAGCUUUAAAAGGUAGAACAUGUAUCUUACAGUGUAGUACUUCUAAAACCCAACCUAUUGAGAAAAUAGAAUUAUUAAGGUCAAAGGGAGGUAAUAUUAAUGAUCGAGAUACUGAUAACAAUGGUAUGUUACACCUUGCUUGUAUUUCGGGUACAUUAGAUACUGUAAAACAUCUGAUGGAUCUAGGGUUGCGCAUCAACAACAGAGGCGAGUAUGGUAGAACUUGUAUCUUGACCUGUUCCCAAUCUACAACCCAAGCUAGCGAGAAAAUAGAGUUAUUAAGGUUAAAUGGGGGUAAUAUCAAUGACACUGAUGAUGAUAACCAUGGUAUAUUACACCUUGCUUGUGGCGUUGGUACAUUAGGUACUGUUAAAUAUCUGAUAGAUCUUGGGUUGGAUAUCAAUACUAAAGGGAGGUUCGGCAGUACGUGCAUCUUGUAUUGCUGUGAAUCGGAAACACAAGCCAUUGAAAAAAUAGACUUUUUAAGGUCAAAGGGGGGUAAUAUUCAUGACCGGGAUGAUAGUAGCACAGGUAUAUUACACCUUGCUUGUGUAAACGGCACGUUAGACAUCGUUCAAUACCUAGUUAAUCUAGGACUAGAUAUAAACAGUAAAGAUGGAUCAGGAAACACGCCUGUUUCAUUCAGUUUUAUGUCUGGUGUACAAUCUCGUCAAAAACUAAUUUUUUUAAUGUCCUUAGAUGCCGAACUUUCAUGGCUCGAGUGGUUAAAAGUCGAUUUUCUUACACUCUUUUAACAGCUUAAUCCAUACUUUAUAGUUAAAUAAGCCUGAAUUAGGCAUGAGUUAAACAUUACAGAUAAAAAAAAAUACAAUUUUAAUAUUCGCCAAUCUUUCAUUAUUUUAACGGAUCAAAUGAUAUCAAACCAAAGCUAUAAACACCUGAGUAUGGAUUUAUUACAUACAGUGUCUGUAUGAAUGAGGUAAAAUACAUUCAUACUUUACAGUAAAAUAUACAGUUUCUGUAUGAAUGAGAUAAUGCCAUUUAUUGUAGUACUUACUAUUCGAUCUUCACGUUGCCUUCACUUCCGUGACUAAAAUUAUAACUACAGUUCAGCGUCAGGAUUUUGUUGUUCUGUUUUUUUAUUCAUAUAAAAAAACGUUAAUCAUUAGUCACAAAUGAAUCUAUAAACAAUUAUUAGUCAAUGCCAUAAUAUUAUUACACCAUACUUUACAGUGAAAUAUGCUGAAAUGCACCAACAGAAUAAGCGAUUUAAGCAUUUCCCCCAUUUUACGGCAGUCGGCUUUUGUUAAUUCCAAAGAACAAUUUUGUCGAUCAUAUUUUUUUAUUUUAUACUGUAAUACAACUAAAGAUACAUCAUAUAAGAGCUAACUCUGCCUGGUGCAGGUCUUUCUGUUGCCUCAGAUGUUAUAUAAAUUAUUAAUUAGAAAUUGAUUUACAUGACAAGUAUAUAAUCAUAUCGUCUGCUACUAUCUUACGAGUUCAACAGUAAGGACGUUGUCUUGUGCUGGCUUCCCAGUCACGUAGAUAUAAGGGGAAAUGAUCAAGCAGAUUUUGCUGCCAAAACUGCUUUAGGUCUUCCCCAAUCACCCUUUUUAAUUCCAUAUAAGGAUUUUAGACCUUCAAUUAAUCAUUUAAUUUAUGGCCGUUGCCAAAACUGCUUUAGGUCUUCCCCAAUCACCCUUUUUAAUUCCAUAUAAGGAUUUUAGACCUUCAAUUAAUCAUUUAAUUUAUGGCCGUUGGCAACGGUCGUGGGAUCUUGCAGGCACUAACAAACUUCAUCACAUUAAGCCUCUCGUAGAAGAUUGGCCCAACUCCUAUAGAACUAACAGGAGGGAUGAAGUUGUUUUGUGUCGCUCUCGCAUUGGUCAUACUUUUUUUAACUCACAUUUUCAUCUUGAAGCGAGAGCCUCAACCAGAAUGUGAACACUGUCAUGUUUCUUUGACGGUGAAGCACAUUUUGAUUGAGUGCAAGUAUCUUGGAAAUAUUAGAUCAAAAUAUUACCGUUGUCAGACAUUACAACAUUUAUUUGCUCAACCGGAGCUAUAUUGUAAGAUCCUUAAUUUUUUAAAAGAGACAAAAUUUUAUUUUAAGUUUUAAUUGUAUAUAUGUAACCCGUCUUCUUUCAUUUUAAUUGUUUAUAUUCAUAAAGUAUUUGAUAUUUAUUUUUAAUUUUAUAUAUUAUCUGUGAUACUUGUUUUUAUUUUUGGAUAUAAAUAUAUUUCUGUGAUUUCAUUUAUUUCGUCUCGAAUAAUUUCACCAUAUGUUUGGCGCAAUAUAGCCCGGUUGGAGCUGACGUGCCAUAAAACCACAUUUCAUUUCAUUUUAUGUUCCCAGCGAAUAAUAGCACCAAUAGCUGCUUUCAUCAAGGUUUGAAUAGUACUUACAUAUUUUCAAAUUACGGACUGGCACAAAAAUAACAACGUACCAUUGUUGGUUUUAGAUUUAAAAGGCAUAUCUUGUAUGUAGGCUCUAUUUCUAUAAUGUAAACACGAUUUUCAAACCCAAGUUUUGUUUCAAAUUUCUCCAAAUGCCAGAUGAUUUUCAAAUUGUUAACCAUGCAUAUUUUAAUAUAAACAUAUCGAGUAUGAUUAUAGAGUUUGAAUUGAGGAUUUACAAUCAAAAGUUAUAUAAAUUGUGUGGGGAUAAAUAAAGGGAAUUCCUAACAUAAAUAUCUGAAAAUUAUGUAUACAAUAUACCAUUCUAAUUCAGCUUUAAUUGGAUGUUUGAUCAAUUGAAGAUUAUUGUUUUAAAGUUAGAUAUUCAGCUUACUCUUUCUAGAACACCUGUUGCCACCUCCCGUUUGGAGAGUUGACACAGUUAAUAAUAUUAUCUAUAUCUGUUUUCAAUUAGCCUGUUUGGUACUGACGUGCUAUAAAACAUCAACUAAUGUUCAUGUAAUAUUAUCUCUAUUUGUUUAUUCAUCCUCUGGGUAAUUUACAUACAAUCACCAUUGGUCCUUUAUAAUAUUCAUGUGUUUGUAUUAUUCCAUUAUUUCUAUAGAUCUAUAAUAAUAUCUAUAUCUGUUUAUUUAUUGUAAUAAAACUAAUGUUAUUUUCUUAAUUGUUGUAUAAUUUACCUUGGAUGUUUUGUCCAUUAUAAUAUUCACGUGUUUGUAUUAUUCCAUUGUUUCUAUAGAUUACCAACUGAUCUAUAAUAACAUCUAUAAUGUUCUUAUAUUUAUUGGUGUUUUUUGUUGUUUCGGGACUGGACGUAUAACAUGUAUUUGUUUAUUUACUGUAAUAAAACUAAUGAUAUUAUAUUCAAUUGCUUGUAUAGAUUACCAAAUGAUCUAUAAUCAUAUGUAUAUUUGUUUAUUUACUGUAAUAAAACUAAUGUAAUUAUA